AUGGCGGAGCUAUUCGCAGGCAAGCCGUCAUCCUCGAUGUACCACUUGUCCGGGUCGGCAUCUUCUUUCUCCAAGUCUGAGCUCAAUGAUAUUUGGAUCCUGGAUUGUGGAUCCAGCCGACACUUGGUCGGAGACGAGGCGUGGUCCGAUGCGAUUGAGUGCUGCAACGAUGCAUGUGUGCAAUUCAAUGUAAGGCCGUUGAACGUGACCAAGGAUGGGUCACUGACACUGCGUGUGACGGUGAGCGGGAAGGAGAAGCCCAUGAAGCUGACGGACGUGUAUUUCGCACCCGGAGGGACAAAGGGCAUGGUUGCGAAGCAGCUCGAGCUUUUCCUGGCCUACUUUAAGAAGAAUUUUAACUGCAAGAACCACGUGCUGCGCACUGACUCAGGUGGUGAUCCAGGCUGCGGCAUCGCUGUGGUUGUGAGAUUAGUGUCGUCAGGUCCUGAGGAGGAAACGGCAACAAGAAACCAGUGCGGCUACUUCUGA